UUGCCUCCUCUCUGCCGGUGGCCUCGUGCACUCGGCUCCGCGGUCGCCCAGCGGGUGGGCCCCAUCCCGAGCUGGCCUGAUCGCAGGCGGAGCUCGCCUUGCCGCAACGAGGUCAUGGCGAACAGCCAUGCGGCGGGCCAGGCACAAAUUGCAUGGGAACGUCGCCAUGAAGAGCUUCACCGUGCACAGGCGCGCGAUUCCGUGGACGUCUUCGGCACGCCGAGGCGAGAGUACCGCCCAGUGCUCGGGUGCGCCGGCACCCCGGCGGCUACGACCGCCAGCUCGUGCCUCGAACAACAGCUGCCACAUCAUCAGCGACAGCUCAGCGACGUCACUCAGCGACAGCUGCCGCCUCUGUCGAUGCCUGGGGUCGCCUCUCCGCGGGCACCAAACCGUGUCAACGAGGCCAACCUCGAGCGCGGGGUGCCGCCUCACCAGGCGCAUCAUCACCACUUCGGCUGGACCUUGGGCGCCGCCACGGGAGCCACCGACUACAGCCCCGCAAGACGCUGGGGCAUCGGCAUGAGCCACGCGAACGAGAUCGCGCCUGUUCACAGGGCAAUCAAAAACUGCCCGGACGGCGCGGGGCGCACUGGCUCGUCCUCGGCCCGCCCCUCGCCCCGCUGGACGGCCAACUCCUGGAGAGCGAGCCCCCGGGCUCGCCUGCGCGCGGCGGGGCUCAACGCCUCCUACUCCACCUGGGGUAGUAGCAGCAAGUCCACCCAGGACGGCUGGGGCAGCAAGUCCCAGCAGGAGUCGACGGCACAGCUGUCUACGAUAGCUCCGUCGGAUGGAGUCACGGAGUUCAGCGAGCGGUCUUAG